AUGCCUUUACCCCUUGAAGCCACUGUAUCCGAAGCUAAUCUCCCUGUGGUGGACAUUUCCAAAUUUCCAAGAGACGUCGAUGCUGAAGAACUGAUCCACCUUGGAUAUCAUCCCGAGCUUGUCAAAGUCAGAGAGUCGUGCAAAGAAUGGGGAUUUUUCCAGCUUGUGAAUCAUGGAAUUCCAGUAGAUCUUGUCGAAAUGGCUGAGAAUGUUAGCCGAAAUUUAUUAUCCAUGCCAACCGAGGUCAAAGACAAAGCCUCCUCCGGUAAGGCACUCUCUACUUACUACCGAAGAAAAAACUUUGAGUCCUUUCUCGUUCGAGAUGCGACGAACCCAGGUUCGUUUGAGCAAGUGUGUGCAAAGAUGUACCCAGAAAGGAACCCAAUUCUUUGCGAAACGUUGUCAACGUACGCUCUGUCCGUCUCAAAGCUUGCACAAAAAAUUACAAAAAUAAUUCUUGCAAGCCUAGGAUUGGAUUUCAAGGCUUUCUACCGCUAUCAAUUUGAAAAAUGCGCAUCAGUAUUGCGUAUAAACGGCUAUUCACCGGCAAACAUGUCCACUGAGGGUGAGGUGAUCCUCUCCCAUACAGAUUUGGGUUGCCUCACAAUCCUUUACCAAGAUGAUGUGGGAGGCCUUCAGAUUCGAUCUGAGGAGGGCGAGUUGUUCAACGUCAAACCUCUCCCUCAUGCAUUCGUGAUCAAUCUGGGUGACUCGUUUAAGGCAUGGUGUAACGGUAGAUACCGCAGUGCAGAUCAUCGCGUUGUUUCUAAAAUUUGUAGAUACCGUAUAUCAAUUGCCUUUUUCUCUGCUUUUCCAGAGGACAUGGAAAUCUGGGCGCCUGAGGAGCUUGUGGACGACGAUAAUCCAAGGCGUUACAAGCGUUUCAUAUACUCGCAUUUCAGGGAUGAAGCUGUAAGUAGUAAAGGAGAUAAAGCAAAAGCUACGGUCCUGGAACGAUUCGCGGGUAUCUAA